AUUCCAUUCAGUGAGGCAUCUCUGGCAGGCAGAGUACAUUUGGCAAACAAGGCCCUUUUGUGUGGAGGGAGACGUCCAUCCAAGCUUGCCCAGCUCCUCAUCCCUCCCAUUCCUAAAUCCCAAACAUGGAUAAAUCUCCAGGUUCUAAUCUCGGAUCUGCCAAGGAGGAGCAAGGAUCAGAAGAUCUGAAACAAAGUACAGCAGAUAUGACGCAAUUUGUGCAAAAUCUCCUUGUACAGAUGCAAAAUAGGUUCCAGUCAAUGUCUGAUAGCAUUAUUUCAAAGAUAGAUGAAAUGGGAAACAAGAUAGAUGAAUUGGAGCAGAGCAUCAAUCACCUCAAAGCUGAAAUGGGCAUGGAUGGUGCAGUAAAGGCAACAACACCAGAGGAGACUAAGCCAUCUGAAGGAACAGAUUGAAAAUGAUAUUUGAAAUCUCAAAGGAUCUCAUGUUAUCUCUGGAGGAUAAAUUGUUUCUGUUAAGAGUUCUAGUUUGCACCAGUUUACCAGUUUGUACAAUUAUCAAAAUCAAAUUUUAGGGCUUUCAUUCCCCUAUCAUCAUAUUCUUCAAGGGUUUGUACAAGCAUAAGACUUUUCUUAUCUUACAAAUUGUAUUAAUUCUCUCCAAAUGUUUCUUUAUCACAAAUUUUUAUUUAUUUACUUCAUAAGUGCUGUAAGUAAACAGUUUAAUU